UUGACUUACAUGGGGAGUGGAGUUGGACAAGCUGCUUCAAAAACCUUAACCAGUCUCCGGGCAUGAAGCAUUUCGAGGAUAACAAAUAAAUCAAGCGGUGGGAUUUUUUUGUUGCCACGGGUGCAGACUCUUUGAACAGUCGAAUUGCUCGCCAUUUUCCCGUGAGGAGGCUCUCAGUGAACUCGAGUUCAAUGGAUCCCAGGACCGCUUGGAUACAGCCGGAGCAGAAGGGACCUGCCAAUUCCCUGUGGAUGCACAUUUGGGAAACAUCUCAGGGAUUUGGUGCAAACUCCGACAUCGACAACCACCUUCACCUCCAACGCAACUUCGCAGCGCAUAAUACAAACUCCGUGGACUCAGACGGCGAGUAUUACAAAAUUGUAGCGCCGCCCCCGGGGGUUGCGUUUGGGAAGCAGUCGAAGCGAGGCGGCGGAGACCGGGGAAGUGUCCGGAGAAAGGGCUCGCUGUCGCCGUCCUCCUCCUCCUUAGACUCGGAGGCCGAGAGCUCCUCGCCCUCCGGCUCCUCUCUGCAGAUAGACAAUUUGAACGUCGCCGAGGAGGCCACACGCUUUUUACACUACGGCGAGCACGAGCUAAACGAGAACAACCUGAGACGGCAGUUUCCCCCUCCGCCGUUUCACAGCGUUCAGCAACACUGUCGCAGCAUGCAACAGUCCAGCAGCGGCCACACCCCCACGGGCACGAAAAAUCAGCAUGGGAACAAGCAGCACCACCAACACCACCCUCAGCCCCACUCCUCCGGCCGCAGGAGACAUUUGAACCGAGCCAACACGUUCCACGGCAUCAACCCGCUCCUGUCCUACGGCUGCAAUGGACAAUAUUUAGACUCUUCAUGUAGCCUGUGGAAAACCAGGCGCUACAGUCCGGGCAUUAAUGGUCUACAUGAAGAGAUAGUGGACUUCUUCAACUUCAUGUCACCACGACCAGAGGAGGAGGCCAUGAGAACGGAUGUGGUGAACAGGAUAGAAAGUGUCAUCAAGAACUUGUGGCCCACAGCACGAGUGGAGAUAUUUGGCAGCUUCAGCACAGGACUUUAUCUUCCAACAAGUGACAUUGACCUGGUGGUGUUUGGAAAGUGGGAGCAUCCUCCGCUACAGGAACUCGAACAAGCCCUAAGGAGGCAUAAUGUAGCUGGCAAAUACCCCAUAAAGGUCCUGGACAAAGCUACAGUGCCAAUCAUUAAGCUUACGGACCAUGAAACGGAGGUGAAAGUGGACAUCAGCUUCAAUGUAGAAACUGCUGUCAAAGCAGCACAGUUCAUCAAAAGCUACCUUAAGAAAUACACCGUUCUGCCGGCUCUGAUCUUCGUCUUGAAGCAGUUCCUACUUCAGAGGGAUCUGAACGAAGUCUUCACUGGAGGCAUCAGCUCUUAUAGCCUCAUACUAAUGGCCAUCAGCUUCCUGCAGUUACAUCCCCGGAUCGACACGCGACGUGCCAACAUAAACCUGGGCAUCCUGCUGAUCGAGUUCUUUGAGCUGUACGGUCGCGAUUUCAACUACAUGAAAACGGGCGUCCGGGUGAAAAGUGGAGGGGCCUACCUGUCCAAGGAGGAAAUGCUCAAAGCCAUGGGGAGUGGGAACAGACCAUCAAUGCUCUGCAUAGAAGAUCCAGUCCAGCCAGGAAAUGAUGUUGGCAGGAGUUCCUAUGGCGUCCUUCAGGUUAAGCAGGUGUUUGACUUUGCCUACAUGGUGCUGAGUCAUGGAGUGUCACCUCUUGCACGUGCUUACCCCAACAAGGAGUAUGACAGUACCUUAGGGCGCAUCAUCAAGGUCAGCCCAGAGGUGUUGGCCUACAGAGAGUGGACAAUCAAAAAGUGGGAAGCCAAGCAAUAUGCUAAACUGGAGAACCAUGAUAUAGACACCUGUGAGCAGGACCUUGCCAGACUCAUGCUGGUUUCUGUGGAGGAUCAGAGAGACAGCUCCUCUCCCCUCAGUGCUGACUCCCCCUCACCGUCUCCAGUCUUUCUUCCCAGCCCCCAGCACCACUCGUCAUCAUCAUCAUCCUCAGCAUGCUCGCUCUCCUCCUCCGGGAGUGACAUUGAAUCUGAUUCUCCCCCAAUCAGUAAUGCUACUAUCCAGCUCCACCCCCUCACACUGGCCUCAGUCCAUCCAGUAAUCCAGGUGGCUACUGACCUGAGGGCCGCACAUGCAGGCUUCAUCCACACCAUACCGCAGCUCCAGAUGUCCCUCCCAGAAAACCUAACCAUCCCCUCCCUCUCUGAUUGCCAGUUCUACCACGAGAAUCCACCCUCGAUCAGGGUUGUGCACCGUCAGACAUCACAAGCUUCACAGCAGCACGCCAACUCCACAAGCCCCCUCCCUAGCCCCAUCCACCGGCUCCACCACACACAGGCUGGGGUGCAGCAGAACCAAAUGUACGCCAAUUCCCACGGAUCCAUUGAGCUGCACAAAUUUAGCUUCAAGCACAACCAAGGUGGCAGCCUCCGAAGCCAAAACCCCCCUCAAGGUAACUUCAGUCCCCAGCAGCGGUUUGUUCCCCAGUGUCACAACAUGGCACCAGGCUUCAGAAACCAGCAGCAGUAUAACCGAAACACCUGGAGACGCAGAAAGCGGGAUGAUGUUCCUGCUCUCAACCAAAGUAGAUGAGAGACUGAAGGUGCAGGAUUUGACAAGCUCGCUCAUCCCGUGACUCUGAGUUGAGAAGCCAUGAAUGUUAAGUAACGCCUAUUUUUGUUUUUGUUAGAGGCUCUCAUUAAUGCACCUACGUCACCCUGGAAUUCCCAAGUCAAAGCCAGAUGUCUCCCAUGGUGCUGAAUGACCAAUCUCUGCUAGCAUAGCAUUGUGCAAUCAGUGUGCGAUGCUUCAGGGAUCUGCAGGUGAAGGAAGACCAUAAAAUGCUGAACUCUUUGCUAUAUCAGUCUGAUGGUAGCUGAAGCCCUUCC